ACUCUAUGACGAAACAUUUGAAAAACGAAAUUACUGAAAACAAACAAUAAUGUGGUUUUUCCAUUUAAUUUGUUAUAAAAAGUUUUGAAAACAAAAAUACAAUUGGAUAACAACACGUUUGUAUUGUUAAAACAAAAAUAUGUUGGAAAACCUCUACCGAGUGAGUUUACGAGUUUGGGUUUAGCUACUGUGUUAAAGACAUCACGCUCUGGGACAGUUUUUUUUUUUUUCGCCGAUUGAUUUUCAAAAGAUUACGCCAAGCUAUCUAGUGCUGUAAUGACAUUAGGAGAAGAUUUACUUUUACCCAACCUGCAAGGGAAAGGGAGGUUUAUGACAGCAUUCUGAGUGAAAACUUUUCAAGAUGUUCUUCAGUACUUUGACACCAAAAUUCUAUGUUGCACUCACUGGCACCUCUUCACUUAUAUCAGGAUUAAUCUUGAUCUUUGAAUGGUGGUAUUUUCGCAAGUACGGUACAUCAUUUAUCGAGCAGGUAUCCUUGAAUCAUAUUAGUCCAUGGCUAGGAGGCAAUGAAAAUAAUGUGGAAGGAACUAAUUCUAACAACAGUACCACCACUACAACCAACACUCAGCAGACAGUUCCAGAAUGCAAGGUCUGGAGGAAUCCUCUGAAUUUGUUCAGAGGUGCAGAGUACAUGAGGUUUUACCUGGCAACAAACAAAGAACCUCUUACGUACUACGAUAUGAAUCUUUCUGCGCAAGACCACCAGACUUUCUUUACUUGCGAUGGAGAUGUUGGAAAAGAAGAUUAUGAAAUUAUGCAGACCGCAUGGAGGGAGCGCAAUCCUGUUACAAGAAUCAAUGCUGCACACAGAGCAAUAGAAAUGAAUCCAGACUGUGCUUCAGCAUACAUACUUCUGGCAGAAGAAGAAGCAGUAACAAUACUUGAAGCUGAGAAGUUUCUGAAACAAGGUUUAAAAGCAGCUGAAGCAAACUACAGGAAGUCCCAACAGACUCAACAUCAAGACUUCAGUAUGGAAAUGUUACACAAGAGAGAUAUUAACGUUCUCAUCUAUGUGAAGCGGCGAUUAGCAAUGUGUGGUAGAAAACUUGGAAAGCUGAAAGAUGCAGUAAAAAUGUUUCGAGAUCUCACGAAAGAGGUGCCACCUAUUAUGAGUGUCCUCAACAUUCAUGAAAAUCUUAUUGAAUCUCUACUAGAAAUGCAAGCAUAUGCUGAUGUACAAGCAGUAUUGGCAAAAUACGAUGACAUCAGUUUGCCUAAGUCAGCAACAAUUUGUUACACAGCAGCCUUGCUCAAAGCUCGACUCGUGGCUGACAAAUUUUCUCCUGACAUUGCAAGCAAAAGGGGUUUGACCACUGCAGAAAUGACAGCAAUUGAAGCCAUCCAUAGAGCAGUAGAAUUUAAUCCUCAUGUUCCAAAGUAUUUAUUAGAAAUGAAACCUCUGAUUCUGCCACCGGAGCAUGUAUUGAAGAGAGGGGACAGCGAAGCGAUAGCGUACACGUUUUUCCACCUGAACCAUUGGAAAAAUGUGGAAGGAGCUCUGAACUUGCUUCACUGCACGUGGGAGGGCACGUUCCGUAUGCUGCCGUAUCCCUUGGAGCGAGGCCACCUCUUCUACCCGUACCCCACCUGCACCGAGUGUGCGGACAGAGAGCUGUUGCCUGCAUUUCACGAAGUCAGCGUAUAUCCAAAAAAGGAACUUCCAUUCUUCAUUCUAUUCACAGCAGGUCUUUGUUCAUUCACUGCGUUGUUGGCACUUUUAACUCAUCAGUAUCCGGAACCAAUGGGAGUAAUGGCACGGACUAUGUUGAGCUGGGUGUCUCUACCAUUUCACUACAUUCUUGAAAAAUUGGAAGAUAUAUUGCCAUCUAAUCUUCUGAAUCAGUUAUCGAGAAUAUGAAAUAAAUUGUACUCUCUACUGUGUGAUAAGUAAAGUUUCAUUGUGCUGACAUGUGGCAUAAAUCAACGGUUCUGUCAGAACUAAGAUGAAUCAUAGUUUGUCAAAAUGGAUUGUUAUCUGAUUAUAUGAAAUCAUGACCUGUGGGUCCUUGCCUGAUCAUUGUACAUUAUUCUAAGAUACAUAUAUUAAUGUGUCUCAGGUGGACUGCUGCAAAAAUUAGCUACACACAUGACAAUGGAUGAGCCACAAGGCAGUAGUUUCUGUGAGAUAGUUGUGCAGUAUUCAUAAGAAAUCCUAUUGUUGCUCCUUAACUUGUUAUAUAUGAUGCUAUGAAACUUGGAGUAUUAAGACUCGGUCUCACACAACAUUCUGAUUCUUCAUUUUUUUUGUCAUUACUUUUAUUCAACUGCUAGUUCUGAAAUAAUUCAAUACCUCCCUUGUAUUUGUUGUUUUGUCACAAAUAUUUUAACAUACAUUCACCUAGUGUAACAUGGUGGGUGUAAAAAGUUACAUCAAUCUUCAUAAUUAUUAUAGCUUGCAUGACCUUUUACACACCCAUUAUAUUACAGUACGUGAACAUCUGUUGAAAAUAUUUGUGAUCGAACAACAAAUGCAAGGGAGGUAUCGAGUUAAAAUUUUAUAAAUAGCACGUAAAUAAAAGUAAUAAUGGAAAAAAAAAAAUCUACCUUGUAUAUGAGACCAAGUCUUAAUUAAAUGAUACUUGUUACACCUAAAUAUUAUUCCUAUGCCUGUAAUUUAGUUAUUUAUUUUAGAGCUGACAAAUUCAAGCUAUAUUUUGGCACUUUUGACUUGCAAGGAAACCUUAAAGGUUAAUAUUUUAAGUGUUUGGACUAGCAAAAAUGCAUUUUUCUCCAGAUGCUACCAGUAUAACUGUGUAUAUACUAAGCAAUAUUUAAGUCAAAUAAUUUGCAGUUAAAGAGUAGGAAUACUUUUGUAGUAAGGUUUCAAAAGUGCUGGAUAAAUCAUGAAGUAAUUAAACGUAAUAUUUUAGUGUCUGCAUGAUUAAAAAAAUGCAGCACUAUUUAAAGUAUGAUGUUGUCCUGCAGAUUUUCCAUUGUGUUUUGUAUUUUGGCCCAGACCAAGCUACUUCUCAAAUCAAUAAGUAAUGAAUGCUGUCUGUGGAAAAAUAAUGCAGAAUAUUCAACAGCGGCGUGAAUAACUGUUAUUAGGGUGUGUUAUCACGGCGAUGUGUAGGUCAUUAUUGAUGGGCAGGGUUGAAGUGAUGAUGUGAAGCUGCAGUGGAGUGCAUUGGUGGGGAAAACCGGGAAAACCCAACGGCCCAGGGUAAUGUCCCCCAUAUUUUCCACUUGCAAAAAAUAUUGGUUUGACCCUACUGGGACUCAAACUCAAAUUGCCUUGGUGGGUUGAAUAUGACAUGACCACUGCGAUCCGUUGAAAAUAUAGGGAGGCAAGGCAAACAUGGCACUCAGCUGUUAAUAAAAAUUCCAAAAACCUUAAAAAUUAAAAUAUUUUAUUCCUUUUCUAAAUUUCUGUUGAAGAUACCAGCUAUGGGUCACUGAAUUCGUGAUUUGCGGGACAUACUUUAAACUUAAAGCAGCUAUACCAAAAGAAUAAAUGGGGCAACUAGGGGUAAUACAAAUUUAAAAAAAAAGAUCCUAAUUCAACAAGCAGAGCAACAGAUUUUAUGUUCAAACUGAAUACAUUGGUUGUUCAUACUUUUAAAAUUUGUAUACACUAGUUUAAGGCUUAAAAUACAGUUUAGCAAUUCUAAAUGAAAAUUUAUACUUGGUCUGGUUAAAACAGUAAACAUGCCUAACUUGCCUAAGAGUGCAUUAAUUCUCCAAGCCUACAUAAAACCAAACAACUCCACCAAACACACUGAGAGCAAGCAGGUUUCUCAUAAACUCUAAUUGCUUAACCAUUUUCUUAUUGUAUAUUAAGCUGUGCCAAAAAAAAUUACAAAUAAAUUGUCAGUGUACUGUAAAUGUAUUAGAAGUGAUACUUUAGUUUUAUUUUAAUGCACUGAACUAUUUUGAAAUUAAUACUGUACAAAAUACAUCUAACUUUUGAUUAACAUUUUGUUUCACAAAUAAAUUAAAAGAUAGUAAAAUAGUACCUACAAAGUGGUAAAUAUCUUCGAUGGCAUGUGUGUUCUAACAUAAUUUUCUUGGGUGAUUACUUGUAAGUAAUUUUAAGAUUGUGAUUAUUUAUUGACUUUUAAUGUUAGCAAAAUUUUAAGUUUUAUUUUGCACACAGAUAGAUUUGGUUAAUUCUUUAAAUGAUUCUUGCAAUGGGGAAGGUUCAUUUAAAACAUUUAUAUGGACAUACGUCAUUGCUGGUUUCACUGUAUGUUUCAAGAGUAACCACAAGAAUGGACAAGAAAGAUAUACACAAGCUCACAGAAAGACUAGCCAAAAUCUGCCAGUGUUAAAUGUCUAAAUAGUACAGAAAAUUCCAUGGAAGGAAUUAGUCAGAAAAAAUAUCACUGCACAGAUGAACACAGUAGGCUUCCUAAGACAAAACAGUUUCAAUGUUUUGGGAACUGACAUCUGGUUCCAUCAUCAAGCCCAAACAGACCAAUUGGACAGCACUCUCUGUGCUGUGUAUUCAUUUAAAAUUUGACAUUUACUGAUUUUGGCUUGUUUUUCUGUGUGUUUGUGUAUUCAUCGUUCUUGUCCAUUCUUGUGGUUUCUCUAUGACACACAUUGAAAACCAGCAAUGGCGUAUGUCCAUAAAAAUGUUUUAAAUCAAUAUGUUUGGUAUUUCCCCCAAUAUUCAUGAAAGCAAAUAUAUUUGAGUGAAUGCUGCCACAUAUGGGUCAACUAUCUUGAAACGGGUAUAUCAGAAACACGCAUACACAUUAGACUUGAACCUGUUAAAUUUUCAUUACUGCAUACACCUACAUUUAAUUGCAUAGUACUAAAAUUUCAGAGUUAACUCCUUAAAGUGUAACUUAAAAAAACAAACUGUUCUAAAAAAGGUAUAUAUAUGAAAAAAUAAUACUUUUAUAUGAUUCAUUCUUGAGGUGUACUAUACUUGGUUCCCAAACCACAGUGUAAAGGGUGCACCACACCAUGGUUUCUCAGCCAUGCCACCUUCGCGACUAUCUUGCGUCUGCAAGUUAACUUGCAUUUAUUAUGCAAAGUCCAACCUUUGGCAUAACUUUGUAGUAAAUGUCUAUAUAGUAAAAAUUAUACCUACUGGUCUAGCGAACCAUGGGUUUUCUUGCACAGUCAAUGCUAUAAGAAUGUGUAAACACUCAUUAAACAUCACUGAGUCUUAAAUACUAAGAGUUUCAGAAACUUUCUUUCAGUCUCAGUCUCCAGUAAACAGUUUAGCCCUUUACUAAAAAUAUAGAAAAUUUAUCAAAAGGCCUACUCACUUUUUUUUAUAAGAUUUAAGUCCACGACCUUCUCUGUGCACAAACUAACCACAAUAAGUAAUUCACAUUCUUGGCAGCUUUUACUAAGACACAAGGCUAGUGAAAUUUUUACUAGCACACCUUUAUCACAUUCAUUGAUAACCAUGUAGACUCAAACCAAAAGCAUAGCAAACAAUGUCACAUUUGUGGGCCUCGCCCCUUUCAACUUGUCAUCCGGGUAGUUCAAACAAGCUGCACACCCACUUUCACACACCACAACUCUUUCGCAGCAUAGUUUCAACAUGCUUCAUCAGCAGUUAACAAUUUGCCAUGCCAAUGUCUUUAACCUCGUUAAAUUACUUAGGGCUUCAAAACCACUCAAAAAAACUAAGUUUAUUAAGCAAGGUGUCCACAUUUUUGAAAGUUAGGUAAGUUGGAAUUGGUCACGGAAAGCUAGGAAAUUUGAUUUAAAUCCAGGAAAUGUCAUAGAAAUCCUCGUCGUAGUAAUUUUAGGCUAAAAUUUCAUGCUCCGAUUUGCAGUCACUCAGAAUGUGAAAGAAAUUUUGUCAUGUGGUGUUUUAGUGCACAGUCAUACACACUAUAAAAUGACGUAUACAAAGUUCUUUUUUAUAUUUUAGUUUUUGUUAUUUGAUUCUAGGCCAGCUGUGGGAAUGCUGGAGGGUAUAUUUUUGUUACUUCUUUUAGAAAAUUGCAAAAUAUGUAAAUUAUUUAAGAAAAAUAGGGAAAUUUUCAAUUAUAUUACAUAUGUGAGAAUAUCCUGUUAAGUGCAAAUGGGAGCGGACUCACAUUACAGUAGCAAAAGUUCUAGCUGGCUUGGCCACAGAUUCCAUGGUGCAGGCACACGUAGCUGUCCGUGACCUAGUGGUCAACUCAUCAGCUGAGAAGACCGUAAGACAGGUCCUCCAUGAAAACACUGCGGUAGCCUGAUCUGUGCGCUAUGCACUUCCAACUACUUUCAGGUUUGGCACAUGAGUCCCACCACUGGUGUGCUCCGCAUUAGCUGGCCACUUUCUCACAUCUCGAGUGCAAUUACACGCCGAUUCCGUGAAACACAAGUUUGUCGAAGCACUUGGCUCCAACUGACAAGUACUCACUCACCUACCUAGGCACAGCUUCCUAUUUAAAUUGAAAAUAGAAUUAAAAAUAAACAAAAUAAGUACAAAUUAUUUUAUGUACAAAAACUGUACAAAAUUUUACAAGAAGAUUAUUUUAAAAUUAAAAUUUCAAAUCAAAAGAAUUUCACUGUAAUUCAAACAUGGUAUUAAUUUGUUUGACUUAACAACCUUUUGAGUAGUAAUAAACAUAUAAGCCAUCAAAAUUUACAAAGAUAGUAUAUUAGAAACAGGAUAUUUUCUAAUUUAAAGAAACCAGCUUGAACAAAGUCACGAAAAUGUGACCGGAAGGUCACACCUUAACUACCAUGGCCCCGCCAGAUGUUUUAUUUUCUCAUUUCACGGCACUGCAGUAUGAUAAGUCAUCUGAUUGCUAAGGAAGGGUGGAAAUCUUGAUGAAAAUCUUUCAUUAAUUAAGUUGCAGAAGUGUUCCUCUUCAUACAUUUGUUUUGCUUUUUUUGGAAAUUACAUUUCUAUAAAUUAAAUUGUAACUAUACACAGAAAGUAUUUCCUCAAAACACCCUACACCUCCAUUCCAUAGACACUGAGAAACUGAUACUGAAGUUAACAUAUAAAACACAAUAUUUGAAUCACCUAUCUUUGUCCCACUGUAAGUUUGGCAGCACAAAUGAAUACACAUUAGCUGUUCUUUUUUGUUGUCAUCACUUGUCAUCAUCCUACUGAAAAUUUAAAACUCCAUAUGUUCAAUAAUUUUAAUCUUUUUUUUUUAUAGAAUGUUAAGAGUUAAUCUGGACUUUAAUAUUUGUGUCUUUAAUAUUCCUAAUCCAUGUAAAAAUACUGCACCAUUUGCAGUACUGUGUAAGAAAGACACCUGAUUCUUAAUAUCAAUGUACAUUGAUUUUGAACUUAUGAUUAGAGGUAUGUAAAGAGAGCAUUUAUAAAUUUAUUCUUAGCAUUUUAUAGCACAUUUUAGCAUAUUUGAGCACACGUUUUUUUUUGGAAGUUCGAAAGUGUUUACACGGGCUCUGAUAGUUAUUUUGAGUCUUCCUAUUGUAAUCCAGAACUUUUUUCAUUGUCACCAUUUGCUUUUUAGAUAGACACGAUACUAGCAACAUAGCCAAUGUUUUUUAAUGUGUACUGCAUGAAAAAUUUUUAGUUUUGUUUUUGCUCUAAUGCUAAACAAUAUUGCAAGAUAUUGUUGACUCAUCUUUUGUUGUUAGCCUCGAAAAGAUGUUGACUGCUCUUUAUCUAAACCCUUCCGGUCAUUUUCAUCAUUUCCCCAAAGUUUGAUUUAUGAUAGAGAAUGCAAAACGGUAAACACACGAACAUCCAAGUAAAUACACAUCCAUGCAACAAAAUUAUGUUUAUUUCUACAAGGCCAUUAAAUUUAUUUGCAAUUGGUAUAUAAUAUGAUUGAAAAAAACCAAGCCUCCUGGUAAAAUAAUUUAGCCUACAAAAAUUAUUGUUGUUCUUAAUACAACAAUAAUUUUUGUAAAUUUUAUUGGUGUCAAAAUUUAUCAUAUCAUAGCAUUUAACUAAAUAUUAAGCAUUUAUAGCAAUUGCUUUUCUUACAUACCUCUAAUUACUACAUAUAGUACAAAUUAUACACUUUUCUCAAUUGUAUGGUAUGAAAGAAUAUCCAAUAACUUUUGUGGCAAAACUUGAUAUUUAAUAUUUUCAGAUAUAUUCAAAUUUGACAUACUAGUGCAGCAAUUAAAGGUUUUUAUUUUGGAAAAUCAGUUUUCAAAAUUUUUGAAUUUGUCUGAAAUUAAAUUAAUCACCUUCUGAUGAGCCAAAUUUUGCUUAGCUUUUGACAUUCAGGAGUGGCUGUUAUUUUUGUUGUUAUUAAACUUUCAGAUUUGUGUAAUGUGUUAUUGAGGAGCAGCAAUAUUUUAAACUCGACAGAUUACCUCCAAUUUCAUUUGCUUUAUUGACAUUCUAUUAGAAUGAUUGUGUGGAGCUAACAUUUGCAUAUCUUCAAAUACCUCAAGGGGCCCGUCUAUUUGAGCCGUGUGAAUAUGCAUAGAGCUUCAGUGUAAAAAAAGUUAUUGAAAAUAGUUCAUUUAUUAUUUUUUUGUGGUGUUAGAGAAGAAGGGUGAAGUCAAAAAUGUCAUAUUUUCAGUAGAGGUAAAGAAAAAAGUGUAGGAUUAUUUAAGAUCAGAACUUUAUUUUUAUAUGUGUUGAUUAUAUGUUUAUGAAUCAUAAAUAUUUUCACUAAAUUUAUAAAGGCAUAGUCUUGCUUGGAAAAAAAAUCCUGAGCUUUUUUUGGCUUCUUCUGAAAGUCUACAAUUUUUUACUUAACCCUAUUAUCCUUGUACAUUACUUCUUGGUUACUUCAGUAAAUAUAAUUUAAUGAAAAUUACAAUUUUAUAUGUGGUUUUUUUUUUGCAAAUGUUCAUUGUGGGAUAGUAAAUAUCUGAGCAAAACCUAUCUUGAUCUGUAGGGAUUUGUACUGACUUUUUAGAUACAAAUGAAUUAAUGGUUUCUCAGAUAUCCAUGUGUUUGAGUUGUGUCAUACAACAAGAAAGUUGGCGUUAUCACUGUUCCGAGCUCGCACAAAUGUGCUUAGCUAGACGGGCCCUUGAAAUAACAUACUUUUCAGCUAGACAUGAACUAAUUAACAUGUUAAUAUAGUAUUAGAAGUAUGAAAUUAAUUUAUAUUAUUAUCUAGAAGAUACAUAAUAAUUAUUAUUUGUACAUAGUAAUUUAUUAUUUAUAGAUGUUUUUUGUUUUUAGUAGAUACCUUUCAAUUAUUUGGAAAGAUAAUUUUUGAUAGCUUUGUCUUAAAACUUGGUUUGUGUGUUGAAAUUUUUGUAAAAACAAAUAUCACUGCAUAUUUUAAAUAAUCAACUAUCUCAUUGAAACGGGUAAUUUGAAUGUAUACUACUUACAAGGGAAGGGCACAAACUUCAGUUCGCCGAUCUUAACACCUCUUGGCGAGAGUAAAGUACUUCCCAAUAUCAAUCUACCCUGUAAAGAAGAAAACUGAACUCUCAGUAGUUCUCUAGAAAUAGCCAAUCUAAAAGCGUGGCACAACUUAUAUACGCGUAAUGUAGCACUGGCUCAGCUUUUAGAGCGUCUGACUACCAUGCUGGUGACUUUUGAUACUUUAGUUGCUGUACUAGUCGAAGAAGUGAUUCAUAUCGUGUCAUUUUUUGUUUUCACAAUAUCACUUUAUAAAAGUUCACUAAUGAAAUUCGUGAUUGAAAAUUAGUUUUUACUGCUUGUAUGAAUUAGCACAGACGAUGGGUAACGUCAUAUUUAUGAUUCAAAGUAUUCUGACAAGUUGCAACUGGCCAUUAAUGGUUCCCAAUUAUUUCUCAGAAAUGAGGAACUCCCCUUGGACAAAAAGGAUGAUCCUGAAGGGUGGUGGGAGAGGGGGAAAAGUAGGCAUCAUAAGUAUACCAAUUUGAGGCACAGAGAACUUCCAGAUAUUUCUGUUUUAAUUAAUGUUCAAGAAAUAAUUAUGAUGCUUAAAAUUUCAUAUGAUGGUCUUUACUGUAAUAAAUGAAUAUUUUAUUUCUUGUAUUUAAAUAAAUAAACAUGAAUUUUCUUAUUAUCAAUGAAAAAUUGAUAAAAAAUUUAAAAAACUGUGUACCAAGUGAGUUUGUACUGAGUCACCAUUGUGGUAUUCAGAUGCCCUUACUGUUGGGCCACUCUGUCUUAGCAAUUCCAAGUGCAACGUUACGAGUGUAUAAGAUGUGUCUCUUUUUUUGAUAGUCUGUUUCUUUAGAAUAGUUUAGAGUUGUAAUUUUUUUUUACAGGUUAGGUUGACAUUGGGCGGUACUUUACUCUCACAAAGGAACUUCAAAAUCGGCAACCCGAAAGUUUGCACACUCCCCUGGUUAGACAAGAAUUUUCUAUACUUAAAAUUUAUUUAUUUCAGUGCAUAAUGCAUGACUAUCAUAUUAAUUGUUUUCAUAAUUCAAAUUGAAAAAAAUUGUUGGGAAUAUGUCAAUAGAAAAAAUUCAAUUAAGGUACUAUGUAUUCAUGUAGGAUACAUGUAGAUACAUUUAAGUUAUAAGCAGGUCUUGAUUGUGUUAUUAAAAAAAGCGGUAUGCUUAUGAUGUAAGUAGACAUGAAUAUAUUUUUAAAAAAAAUGAUUAAGCAUACUUUGAGCUAACAACCAAUCUUAAAGCAUUGAAAUUGCACCUAGUUAUUUUCAUCCUUUUCUGUGCUAAAUAACUGACAUUUUUACAUAUUUUCUUAAUUAAUACCAACAGUUUUUGCUGAAUGAGAUGUCACAUUUUAAAUGACAAAGAAACAAAAUGUACUUGUUCAAUGGUACAUUCUUGCAUGAUAAACUGAAGAUGUAUGCUGCAUCGUAACAUUAACCAUGCUGCAUAGUUACAAACUCUAGUAGAGAAUAAGGACACGACAGGUGCAUUCGUGCAGGAUUUGCAACUUUUUUAUGCAUUCAAAGUUAUUUCAAAACUGUAAAACUGUUGUUGAACACAGUUACUUUUUGAUAAAAAUAGGUUUCAAAUAUAUAUUUAUAUUAGCCAUAAUAAAAUUAAAUGUCACCCAUAAACAGAUUAUUAAACCCUACGAUUUCACUAAUAAAUGAUGUCGCAGUUAAAAACUCCCACUAUUGUAGGAUUCUUACAGUAGUUUGCUUUUGUACCAACAAUAUUCUAUUGGUUUUGUAAAUAUAGUGUCAAUUUUUAUUUUUAAUUGAUUUCUUUAGCUAAACAUUGUUAUAUUUAUUUAUUGCUACGGUAUUAGCAUAUGUGUGUAGGUCAAUGAAAUGAAUUUUGGUUUAUUGUGUAAAUAUCUAAAUAAAUGAAUUUUUUUAGUAUUUAUUUUUUACAGUAUGAUGUAGGUUUACAAUCCUUUAUUAGUAAUCUUUCGAGCCAACAAUUUUAAGAAUAGUUUAAUUUUUUAUUUUUGAAUAGGCUUAUGUAAGAUUAGGUAAUGAUUAUGGAAGGGCCUUCCUGAAAAUGUUAAAACACAAUAUCCCUAAUAGUAUACUGCUGCAUUACAUAGAAUGGUGCAUAGUAUCUUAGCUUUAAUUUUUUUCAAAAAGAUAUCAAUGAGACACAUUACAGACUCAUGCACAUGUGCCACUAUCAAGCUUCCUUAGCAACUUUACUUUUUGCACCAAAAAAAUUAUGAAAAAUUUGGUUUACAGAGCUUCAUGUAAGGGAUUUUGGACCAUGAAUUUAUAUUUUUACUUUAGAACUAUAUGAUUAUUAUUAUUAUUACUUUAGACUUAUUUUUACUUUAAUUAAAUUUUGUUGCAUUAAAUUUAAUCUUAAAAUGAUGCAAUUACAUCGUAGAAAAGUAUGUUCAACUGUUUGAUCAAUGUUAUAAUUUGUGGUUGUACCACUGAAAGAUUAAAAAAAAAAGUGAAGUUUUUGUGUUUUGUUAAUUUUUUAAUGUUUUUUUUACAAAUAAUUUAGCAUACUAGUUUAUCUAUUUUCAAUGUCAAAACACUGAGAGGUGACUAAUUAUGAAAUAUUAGAUAGAAAACCUAGUAUACUGUACUACGUAUGACCUUAAAUGAUAAUUGAUUACCUUGAGAAGUAUCAGCCCAUAGAAUUUAUGUUCAUAUUUGUAGUCACAUUUUUGAUCCCGUGUUGUCAUUCAGUCAGUAGUACAGUGUGGCAGAUUUAACACCAAAGAUUUUUAUUGCCACUUUGGAUAGUAACUUGUAAUUAUAUAUAUCCUAUAAUAUAUAUGCUUUUUAUUUUAGAUAACUUCCAAUUAUUUUCCAUUAAAAUCAGUUAUAUCAUUAUAUUUUCACCAUACUGCAUGUAUCUUAAUAAUCUUAUAAAGUCAUAAUGUUAUAAGUUUUAUAAUAUAUUCAUUUCAUUUUUCAUAAGACCUCACAGCACACUGAAAUUCAGAAUAACAUUAUUUUACUGUGUGAUGCUUAUUUGCCUGAAAUUUGAAAAGAAUAUUAGACUUUUGUUUUUUUUUUUUGGUUGUAAAAAAGUUGUGUUUAUCUGUUUUUUUUUUUUUAAAUUAUCAAUUGAACAAUUAUUUUUUACUCUUGUCAUCAUUUAGUUGGUGUAUUAAUUUUACAUGUCUGUGAUGUUUGAUUUUUUUUUUUUUUAAAUUUUGUGUGAAAUUUUCAGCUAUACACAUAAUUACAGAUAAUAAAGCAAUGUGAAUUUUCUUAUACUAUAAGCAAAGAAAGUAUUAUUUCUGGUCUUUUUGCCAGCUAUACUUGAUCAAAGACUAUUAUCAUUUUGGUUUUUUUCUCUUGAUGGUUCAAAAGGGAAAUAUUUUAUGUAUGAAAAAUUUUUUUUAUAAUUUAGCUGAUAUGGUUUUUCUGUUGUGUAUUUGGCCAUGUGUGACAUUGUAGUAAGGAUUUGUUGGAGCAUUGUGAAGCCUUCGUAGAAAUUUAUUUGAAUGCAGGCACGUGCCAAGUAGAUAUUUCUGUACUCUGGAGGUACAAGACACCAUGUCACAAAAUUUUAACUUUUCAGGAGAGCAAGUUUUUAAUUUGGUUCAAAUUAAUUUAAUUUCACAUUUCUUUGCUAAUAUUAGACAUUUCUUAAUUAAACUGUAAAAACAUUGUUAGCCUUUUUUAUUAGCAAAAAUAAUACAUCCAAAGUAAUAGUUACAUGUUUUCACUAAAAAUAAAUUGGGAAUAGUGUGUAGAAUUAUUAAUUUUGGACAUAAUGAUAGAGUGCUCUAUACCAAUACAUUAAGAAAAAAAAUUAACUUGGACAUGCUGCCAACUUAUUUAAUUAAACAUUGACAUGGUGUGUUCUUUAACUCUGAGGUAGGUACAGAUUUGUAAAAACAUUUUUUUUUCAUGAUUCUUUAACAGUGUUUCAAGAAAUAUGCUGCUUGCAAUUUCAUUGAACUAAAUAAAAAAGGGCAGAAACCGGGACCAGUUUUACUGUACAGUUCUGCAGCAAACUGC